CAAUUUUGAAAGUUUCUAAAUUGGAACCAUGAAACUAUUUAUAGCCAAUUGUGUUUUAGCUGCUUAUUUCUUCGGCACGGCCAGCGCUCUGGUCACCCGUGGUGUAGCUGUGGACCGGCCGAAUACAAUCUACAUGGAUGCAGACGACAUGCUGUAUUUAAGAGAAAAUCAAGAUGAAAUCGCCGAUGCGGUAGACGAUAUUGUGAGCCGAGCCAAAACAUAUAUAAAGAAAGAACUUCAGACUGUCCACGACAAAGGAGAGGCACCCCCGUUCGAAGGAGCCUUUCUCAAUGAUUAUUUCAGUUUCUCACCCUACUAUUGGAAAGCAGGUGCGGCUCCUUGUCUCGACGAAGAAUUGUGCAUCGACGCAGCCAAUACCGCUGAUGACUUGACACGACAUGAACUACUCGUGGAUAGCUACUUUAAAAAAUCUCUCACAGAGUAUCAAUUUGAGCGAUUGAGCAAGGAUUUUGACCCGACCACUGUCAAAAAAUGCUAUGAAGCAGACGUAUAUAUGAAAUGUGAUGGUGACGUGAAUGAGCACGGAAGCCUCAAGCACGAUAAAGAUGCGAGAAGUACUAUGCUGAGUGCGAUAUACUCUGGUACAAUGGCAUUUUGGUAUACCGGUGAUGAAGAAUACGCCGAAAUGGCGUCCAUGUGGUUGAAGGCUUGGUUUGGAAAUUCAAAACCCCGUAUGAAUCCUCGCAUGACAUAAGGCUGGUCACUCAGAGUAUUGGAGUGACUCCGACCAUGAGGCGAUUCUCGAGUGGCAGGCUGAGUUUUAAGAGUGGUUGAAGAACAGUGAGAUGGCCAAUGCCGCUGGUGACACGUACAACAACCAUGCCACUUGGGAAGCGUUCUUGCGAUUCUACCUGGGUGUCAGGUCUAUGGAAUACGACGAUGUGUGGCGAACUACAUGUGUAUACUCCCCACCAACCACAUCUAAAAAUAGAAUAUCGAUGACGUCACCAAUUUGGGAGCAAUCUAGGAGCAAAUCUAGGAGCAGUGCAGGAGCAACCUGAGAGCAACUCGGGAGUAGCACAUCACCACUCAUGGAGUAUCGGUAUUUACUCUAUUUUUUUUCAAAACGUAAUAAAAAUUCAGAGAGUC